AUGCGGCGGCGCCCGCCGAGCCGGGGCGGACGCGCGGCGGCCCGGGCCGGGAAGACGCGCCGGGAGCCCCGGCACGGCGGAGGCCGCAGCAGGAUGGCUGAGGUAAGCGUGGCGGCGCUCUCCGCGGGCGCGGGGCGACCCGAGGCGACGCUCGGAGGUGGCGGGGGACGAGGGACCCCAGGCUGGAGCGGGGCAGUGGCGGAGAGGCCCUCCUCGAAGGCCACCUGCGUGGGGGCUCCAGGGACCGUCGUUCCCGGCUUGGAGCGCCCCGGAGCGCGGCGGGAGCACUUGGAGCGGGCUGAGGGCGCCCGAGUCCCGGCCGCGAAGCUCCUGACCCCAGCCGCCUCCCGCCGCCUGGAGCUCGGAGCCAAACUUUCUCAACUGCGAUGUAGAAACAUGUUCUUCUCAUUUAAGGCAUCUCCUUGUGGCUGCGGGGCUGCCACCGGUGGCCGUUUGACAGCUAUCGGCUGUACUCUGAACUGCAGCUGCCAGAGUUUCAAACCCGGGAAGAUAAACCACCGGCAGUGUGAGCAGUGCAGACACGGAUGGGUGGCCCACGCUCUGAGCAAGCUGAGGAUCCCUCCUGUGUAUCCCACAAGCCAGGUGGAGAUUGUUCAGUCCAACGUCGUGUUUGAUAUCAGCAGCCUGAUGCUCUAUGGGACUCAGGCCAUCCCAGUUCGCCUGAAAAUCCUGCUGGACCGGCUCUUCAGUGUGUUGAAGCAAGAUGAGGUCCUCCAGAUCCUCCAUGCCUUGGACUGGACCCUGCAGGACUACAUCCGGGGAUACGUGCUGCAGGAUGCCUCUGGAAAGGUGUUGGAUCACUGGAGCAUCAUGACCAGCGAGGAGGAGGUGGCUACCCUGCAGCAGUUCCUUCGCUUCGGUGAGACCAAGUCCAUAGUGGAGCUCAUGGCCAUUCAAGAGAAGGAGGAGCAGUCGGUGGUGCUGCCGCCCGCCCCGGCUGACCUCAGAGCCUUCAUCGAGAGCUGUGGCCACAGGAGCUCGGGUCUGCCCGCCACUGUGGACAGAGGAAACCCUGGCGGCAUCCACCCCUUUGAGAGCCUCAUCAGCAACAUGACCUUCAUGCUGCCUUUCCAGUUCUUCAACCCCCUGCCUCCCGCGCUCAUAGGGUCACUGCCCGAACAGUACAUGCUGGAGCAGGCUCAGGACCAAAGCCAAGACCCCAAACCCGAAAUCCAUGGGCCCUUCGCCAACAGCAGCUAUUUAACUUCCAGCCCCCCGCCGUUUCAGAUCGAAAAAGAACAGUGUGUGACCUGUCCCGACGACAUGACCAAAAAGGAGGACUGUGCCCACUUAAGUGACUCCAGCUCCUACAGCCUCGUCGCCAAGCUGGAAAGGACACAGCUGUCUCCCGAGGCCAAAGUGAAGCCAGAGAGGAACAGCCUGGGCACCAAGAAGGGCCGGGUGUUCUGCACGGCGUGCGAGAAGACCUUCUACGACAAGGGCACCCUCAAGAUCCACUACAACGCCGUGCACCUCAAGAUCAAGCACAAAUGUACCAUCGAAGGCUGCAACAUGGUGUUCAGCUCCCUGAGGAGCCGGAACCGCCACAGCGCCAACCCCAACCCUCGGCUGCACAUGCCCAUGAACAGGAAUAACCGGGACAAGGAUCUCCGCAACAGCCUGAACCUGGCCGGCCCUGAGAACUACAAGCACCCAGCCUUCACCGUGGUGCCUCCAGACUGCAGGUCCCUCCCGGGUUACCCGGGAUCCGGGGAGGAUCCCAAAAGCCAGCCAACCUUCCCGAGCAUCGGGCAGAAUGGCGUGCUGUUUCCCAACCUGAAGACAGUACAGCCGGUCCUGCCUUUCUACCGUAGCCCGGCCACCCCCGCUGAGCUGGCCAACACGCCCGGGAUGCUCCCUUCUCUCCCGUUACUCUCCUCUUCCAUCCCAGAAGAGCUGGUUUCUCACGAAAUGUCAUUCGACGCUCUUCCCAAAAAAAAAUCCCGCAAGUCUAGCAUGCCCAUCAAAAUAGAGAAGGAAGCUGUGGACAUAGCUGAGGAGAGGAGGAACACCCUUAGCUCCGAUGAAGACACACCCCUGCAGGUGGUCAGCGAAGAUGAGCCCGAGACCUGCAGCCCUCGCUCCGACAGGGCCCCCGAGGAGCAGCACGUGCAGGCAGGAAGUUUAGGGCAACCACGCCCUGAAGGAGACCGGCCCUGCCACCUCGAAGCCGUGAUCCAGUGCGAUCGAGCCCUCAGCCAAACCCCCGAACAAGUCACACACAGCUCAGAGAGGGAGAGUGAGCAGAAGCCCACGCUGAACAUGUUACCCACCAGGGAGGUCCAGGACAGUGGUCGGGAGCACCACUUCCCACCAGGCGUGGAGUCCCGGCUCCCUUUCCCCGUGGACUACGUGGAACUUCAGCAGCAUUUGCUAGCCGGAGGACUGUUCAACGCUCUGUCCGGCAGGGGACUGCCUUUCCCCUGUCUCGAAGAGUCUAAAGAACUGGAACGCGUGGGUCAGCACGCGUUGGCCAGGCCAAAGGAGGAAAGUCGCUUCCAGUGUGACAUCUGCAAGAAGGCCUUUAAAAACGCUUGCAGUGUGAAACUGCACUACAAGAACACGCACACCAAGGAAACGCACACGUGCACGGUGGAGGGCUGCAGCGCCACCUUCCCCUCGCGCAGGAGCAGGGACAGACACAGUUCCAACCUAAGCCUCCACCAGAAAGUCCUGGACCCUGAAGCCGUGGAGGGCCCCGAAGACCACUUCCGAGCCGCAUACCUUCUGAAAGAUGUGGCCAAGGAAGUUUAUCAGGAUGUGGCCCUGGCCCAGCAGGCCUCCCCGACGUCCGUCAUCUUCAAGGGAGUGGGUCGGAUGGGCAGCCUGGUCUACCCGAUCCCCCAGGUCCACGAGGCCAACCUGGAGGGCUACGGCGCCGGCCCCCUGAGCGAGGGCACCGUCCUGGACUUAAGCACUACCUCCAGCAUGAAGUCUGAGAGCAGCAGUCAUUCUUCCUGGGACUCCGAAGGGGCGAGCGAGGAGGGCCCCGCGCUCCUGAUGGACAGUGACGGCCACUGUGACGGGCCUGGCCUCGUCCCCGGAGAGGAGGAGUACCCCCUCUGUGUCCUGCUGGAAAAGGCCGACCAGAGCCUUGCCAGCCUGCCUCCCGGCCUGCCCAUCACCUGUCACCUCUGCCAAAAGACAUAUAGCAACAAAGGGACCUUCAGGGCCCACUAUAAAACCGUGCACCUCCGCCAACUCCACAAGUGUAAGGUACCGGGCUGCAACACCAUGUUCUCAUCUGUCCGCAGCCGGAACAGGCACAGCCAGAAUCCCAACCUGCACAAAAGCCUGUCUUCCUCUCCCACUCACCUCCAGUGA